AUGCAGGAACUGCGCUUUACCAUGUUCACGACAAUCGGCGAAGAUGGGAAAGCUGUCUACAAAGCAGUUGGAGAAUUCCCCUACCUAACGGACCUGAAGAUAUUAAUGAUUUGUAUCGGACGGCCCGAAGAGCGGGUAUCUAAAGAUCCAAAACUGCAAUCUCGUUAUUAUGGGAACAUCAAGGUCAAUGCUAGGCUGGUGGAGACUUUAUCAAGCAGUCAUCUUCCUUGCAACGUCUUGAAGUGGACUUCCACGCCAUGUUUUCACGCCGAUGCAGGUGCAUUCGGAUGGAAUAUGUAG